AUGGCACACAACUCGGCGGAUCAUUCUAUGGGCUCGACGAUCUCCCCAACACCGCCCAAAAUCAGCCAUAUUCUCGAGACAUGUCUGAUGGUCAAGGACGUUGGCGCCGCGACCGAGUUCUACAAAAAUGUGCUUGAUGUUGAACCGUUCAUGAACACGCCUCGAAUGUCUGGUUUCGCGUUGUCCCAAACAACACUGCUCCUUUUCCAACUCGGAGCCACCGCCUCAGACAGUCCAAUGCCAGACAACCGCGGCACGAUUCCUGGCCAUGGACCGUCGCAGGAUGUACUCAACCUGCUCCUCUCCGCCGCGCCAGAUGCCGGUCGUCAAACACAAACACCAAAUCCCGCCGCGACGAAUCGCGUGGAGAAGAUCCGGGGCCGUCUGAACCAACACUUCUGCUUGGCCGUGGCGUCGCCGGCAGACGUCCAGGCCUGGGAGAAGUGGUUCGAAGACAAACAUGUCGAGAUCCUGGGAAGAGUGGACUGGCCAAGGGGUGGAAAGAGCGUGUAUUUCGGUGAUCUGGAUGGCAACGUAGGCGAGAUCGCCAGUCGAGGGAUUUGGGAGCAUUAUUGA